AUGACGAGCUCUUCCAACACAGUUGAGACAUUCCAGAAAACUCUUGGCCCCUUUAUUAAGCCACGAGAGCAAGUCAAUUAUAUCCGACGAGUAUUGGCACUUCAUCUUGGAUCAUGCUCUCAUGAUGGACCGGUCAAGCAACCAGUGUCCCUGGCGGAUGCAACACGCGACGUAACUCCUGGCCCUGACUCAAAAGGGUUCUAUAAAGAGUACGUCGAGGCCCUGAAAUCCAAUGUUGAUGCCCGGCGAAAGUAUGAAGAUACCGCUCAAUCACAUCUCGCCUCACCAGCUCCAAAUCAAGACUCAUCAUCCAGCAACGAGUUACUGGAAGAGCGACUAUCGCUUCUGAAGAUUCAGGCCAAACAAAGUCGACUCUCGGCUGUCCAGGGUCAUCUAGACGCACUUAUGCAAAAACCAGCCGCUGCACCUGAAUAUUUAGACCCUGAAGAUGUUUUUCACGAAGCUGCCAGUCUACCCAAAGUCCCCAAGGAGGUAGUAAACAGUCUCGUUGCACAACAGAGCGUCAAAAAGACAGACUUGACGGAGCAAGUUGCCCAGCUUGAAAAGACUGUGUUGAGAGCGAAGCUUCUUCUGAAGCGAGAAGAGCAACUACUUCGUGAAACAAGGGCAAAUGCCCAGAGCAUACCGGACGUGAUCAGCAAUGGUAUAAGAUUACAUGCUCUGAAUACAACGCGAAGUGAACUCAUCCAAUGGAUUGAAACCGAGCUGAGCAAAGCAUCAGGAGAUGGGGAGGGAGGUGAAGAGAGCGGUUCCAAGAGCCAUGCUCAGUCGACUGCGGAUCAAGCCACCAUAAACGAGCAGCUCGGCACGAUAAAGGACAAGUACGCCAAAUACCUUGCAAGUAGACGGUCACUUCUGUCCUCUGUUGGCGAAAAGUUUGAUUCGUCAGCCGCUCAUGUCCUGGCUCCAAACACAGCCAAACAACAUGCAGAUGAACCAGAACCUGCCUCCAGUACCUACCUUCUCACGCCCUACAUCGAUACUCUUCUCACGCUAUCAAAGAAGCAAAGAGCAAUGAUAGCCCAGAAGGCGCACGUAAACACGACACUGGGCAAGGAAACUAAGGAUAACUGCCAGUCACUUGGCCAUCUGGAAGAAGAAAGCCAGCUACUCCCGUCUCACUCUACGGCGCCGGAAUCUCGACGCAGAUCCGUUUUAGGUGAGUUUCUUACCUCUGGCGAACGGUCAGGCUUGACUGGAAAAGUCCAACCUUGGGUUCUUGCUGCCGACUCGGCCAAAAUUGCGACACUUGAGAAUGUGGCAGAACAGAUUGAAGCCGGACAGCUUGCCUUGGGAAACUCUAUGCAAACAUUGCGACAGAUCGAUCAACUUUUGGGUCAGGUUGGGGAGGAGCAGGAAGAGGAGACUCAAGCUGAUACUACAGAGGGUGAUGUUUGGUUAGAGUCGGGUCCCAAGUCUCCCAGUAAAGGGAGGAAGCAUACGGAAAAGGGCAACACGGAACAAUCGAAAGAUGUAUGGUCUAGUUUGCAUGGCAGCCUUGGAUUAAUUGGCCAGGAAGACGCGGCAUAG